AUGGCCACGACCACGGAGGUCGAACAUUACGAGCUGCGCCACAAUCUCCCAGCAAGGCAGCUCGCCCAGAACGACAUCGCAACCAUCACUGAGUCCGGCACGUCUACCACACUCGAGACUCGUCCCGCCGAAAGCUCGCUUACCCCAGCCGACAGAGGCCGUGCAGCGUACACCCUCCUUCUCGCCGCCUUCGUCUUUGAAGCCCUGCUUUGGGGAUUCCCGCUUUCCUUCGGUGUCUUCCAGGACUACUACUCUCAGCUUCCACAAUUUCAGAACAAUCCGUACGUGUCUGUUAUCGGUACCACAGCGUCUGGGAUCUCCUAUCUGGCAGCUCCGAUCACAAUACCAUUGAUCAAGCGAUAUUCAAGAUGGAGAAGAGAGAUGAUAUGGGUGGGAUGGCCUAUAUGUCUCCUCUCGCUCGCGGCAGGAUCUUUCGCGAAUACUCUUCCGACUCUAAUACUCACCCAAGGGGUGAUGUAUGGCGUAGGCUUCAUCAUAUUCUACUAUCCAAUCCUAAGCUUCGUGAACGAGUUCUGGAUUACUCGGCGCGGUCUUGCAUACGGCCUGCUGUGUAGUGCUUCGGGCGUGUCUGGUACGAUGAUGCCCUUCCUUUCACGCUGGCUUCUGGAACGGUAUGGCUAUCACACCACUUUACGGGUGAUUGCGGUUAGCCUAUUUGUGCUCACGGCGCCACUGGUGCCUUGUCUAAAAGGUCGGCUCCCUGUACGAGCCAUAUCGGGCGAAGUGGUGAAGACCGACUGGUCCUUCUUGCGUCUGCCUUUGUUCUGGAUCUACAGUGCGUCGAAUAUCGCCAUGGGGUUUGGCUUCUUCUUUCCUUCAUUGUAUCUGCCUUCUUACGCAACUGCGAAUGGACUAUCGUCCGUACAAGGAGCGUUACUACUUGCCCUCAUGAGCGUGUCCCAAGUCGCUGGACAAUCAAGCUAUGGGUACCUCUCGGAUGGUUCAGUCUCUUUAGACGUUCUCGCUGCCUCUGCUGCCCUCGUGUCUGGCAUUGCGGCUUUCACUGCAUGGGGAUUGUCGCAUACCUUCACGGUUCUGGUCGUCUUCGCGAUCAUCUAUGGCUUCUUCGCAGCAGGAUAUACGGCACUCUGGGGCCGGAUGGGUAUGAAGAUCAGCAGUGACCCUAGUGCUGCCUUCGCAGCCUUUGGACUAUUCAAUUUCCAAAAGGGGCUUGGGAAUGUGCUCGCUGGACCCAUUGGCGGUGCCUUGCUGAGCAAUGCCGUGGAAAUCGGAAGUUAUGGUGCGAAAAAGUAUGGACGUACGGUCAUAUUCACCGGGUCUUGUAUGCUGGGUAGUGCGCUGGUAAUACCUUUGUGCUAUGCGGCGCGAUCUUUGCGUCUACAGCGCCUUUAG